AUGUUAGACCUGGGAGUCAGUUCGCAUGUUUAUGGAAACUUGAUCAACGACAUCUUGGAGGACCACCUGCCUGGGAACUUCGGUGCAUCCCUUGGAGCUUUGAAUGCAAGAAUCGUGGAGCUGUACGAGAGUCGAUCGAUCCCAGCGAAUGCCAGAAUCCCGAAGCUGAGCAAAGGGAACAUUCAUGGUCAGACUGGGUACCCGUGCCUGAGCCAUGUGAAAGGGCGACGAAUACGCCAGUUCUCGAGUGUGGCUGUGGAUCUGGCAAACUUGUACAAGCACACAGACGCAGGAAAACAUCGUUUUGAAGCAGUGAAAGCCCUGGACGAGAUUUACGAGCUGUGUGACAACCAGAAGUAUAAGUGUGACAGAAGGGAGCACAGAAAGAUGGAGAAGGAGAUUGACAAACUGCUCCUGCACUACACUUUCUUGAGCAGAGAUGCUUUCGACAGAGGAAAGAAGAGGUACAGUGUCACCCAGAAGUUCCACCUGACGGCACAUUUUCAUCUUCAGUGUCAAUUUAUGACACCAAGACUUGCUUGGACCUAUGGUCCUGAGAGUUUCAUGUCGGUUUGCAAGAAGAUCGCUGCCUCAUGUGAUAGAGCAACUCCAAGCUACCAGAUUCCACUGAAGAUUGCUGGAAAAUUCGCAUUAGCUUACGAGCUCCUGCUACGAGGAUGGCUGAAUCUGGAUGAAGAUGAGGAGUGA